AUGGCCGAGAAAAGAAAGUCUUUGAGUGUUGACUUCAAACGUAAAGUUUUAAAAUUCAUAGAAGAAAACCCUCAUAAGAAGAAAGUGGACAUUGCAAAGGAAUUCAACAUUCCACCAACAACUCUUUCAACAAUUCUUAGAAAUAAAAACAGAUAUGAAGACGAAGGUGGACUUUCUGGUCAGUGUAAAAGGGCUAAACCAGCCGAACUACAGGACGUUGAAACUGCUGUCAUGUUAUGGCUUAAACAGUGUCGUGACAAAAACGUAUCCAUUUCGGGACCUAUACUUCAGGAAAAAGCUCAACAAUUUGCCGAGCAGUUGGGCCAUAAUUCUUUUCGAGCAAGCAAUGGCUGGUUGGACUGCUUCAAGAAGAGGAAUGAAGUAACUUUUAAAAAAGUGUGUGGUGAAAGCGGUAGUGUUGAUGAUGCAGUGUGCGCGGAAUGGAAGAAAAAACUGAUAGACUUGACACAAGGGUUCAAUGAAGAUGAUAUUUACAAUGUAGACGAAACAGGCUUAUUCUUCAAAUGCCUACCAGACAAAACUUUGACUUUCAAGGGUGAUCCCUGCAGUGGAGGGAAAAACAGCAAGGAACGGCUUACGGUGAUGCUUGGGGCUAAUGCAUCAGGUACACAUAAGCUGAAGCCCUUAAUAAUCGGAAAAUCAAAAAAGCCACGCUGCUUUAAACACGUUACGUCUCUGCCAACAAAUGUGCAAGAGGAAGCCACGGAUGAAGAGGAGUUGGAUAACCCGUUACCCGCACAGCCUGGUUUGAAUGUCGAAGCCUCCUGGCCAAGAAUUCAAGAAGCAUUGGAUAUCAACAUCGAGUUUGAGGAAUUUGCAAACUUUGAUGAAGAUGUUGCAGUAUGUGGGGAGCUUACUGAUUAUGAAAUCAUCUCCAAAGUAACCGCAGAUCCGGAGGCAGAUGAUGACGGUGAAGGCGAGGAAGAAGAAGAUGUCCAAGCUGAUGCAGCUGUUGCCGAUCGACCGGACCCGACUUCACAAGAUGCUCGUGAAGCUCUGAACGUGUUGAAGUGUUUCUUUUUAAAGAAGAGUGCUGUAUCCGAAAAUACUAUGGAAUCCAUCACCAAGCUAGACUGUGCAUUGGACCAAGUGAAACUCUAUACAGCGAAUACACAAUCAGAAAUUAUUGAUUAUUUUGGGCCAGGCAGCAGCCGUAUGUGA